CGCUCACGGCCACGCCCCCAUUCCAGCCCCCUGGCUGGGAGGGCGGACGCCCGCUCGUGAUUAGCUAGCUGGUCUGCCUGCCUCUCGCAGGAGCGGCUGGUACUUCUCCCCCCUCUCCCCCCUCCCGCCAGCCUCGAGGUUCCUGAGCUGGCCCAGGCCGAGUCAGUGUCAGUCAGGGAGGCGGACUGCUGAGCAGUGGGUGCGAACACUGCGUUGCAGUCUCGCCCAGGGGCCGGUGCCUGCGCUCGCGCCGCCGGGUGGGAAGGAUGAAGCCGCAGCUGGAGCAGCCACCCUAUGAUUGGCUGGGGCACUUGUGAACCCGAAGUAAAGAUGGCGGGCGGGCAGGCAGCCGCCGCACUGCCCACUUGGAAGAUGGCGGCGCGCCGCAGCCUCAGCUCUCGCGGCCGGGGGGUCCUGCAGGCGGCGGCUGGACGGCUGUUGCCGCUGCUUCUGCUGAGCUGCUGCUGCGGCGCGGGCGGCUGCACAGCGGCGGGCGAGAACGAGGAGACUGUGAUCAUCGGGUUGCGGCUGGAGGACACGAACGACGUGUCGUUCAUGGAAGGGGGGGCGCUGCGGGUGAGCGAGCGGACCCGGGUCAAGCUGCGGGUGUACGGGCAGAACAUCAACAACGAGACAUGGUCCCGCAUUGCUUUCACAGAGCAUGAGCGGCGGCGCCACAGCCCGGGUGAGCGCGGGCUGGGGGGCCCUGCGCCUCCGGAGCCGGACAGCGGCCCCCAGCGCUGCGGCAUCCGCACAUCAGAUAUCAUCAUCUUGCCCCAUAUCAUUCUCAAUCGCCGUACAUCAGGCAUCAUUGAGAUCGAGAUCAAACCGCUGCGCAAGAUGGAGAAGAGCAAGUCCUAUUACCUGUGCACGUCGCUCUCCACGCCAGCCCUGGGCGCCGGCGGCCCGGGGUCUGCGGGUGGCGCCGUCGGGGGCAAGGGCGGCUCCGGGGUGGCCGGGCUCCCGCCGCCCCCGUGGGCCGAGACCACCUGGAUUUAUCACGACGGCGAGGACACCAAGAUGAUCGUGGGGGAGGAGAAGAAGUUCCUGCUGCCUUUCUGGCUGCAGGUGAUCUUCAUUUCGCUGCUUCUGUGCCUAUCGGGCAUGUUCAGCGGCCUCAACCUGGGACUCAUGGCCCUGGACCCGAUGGAGCUGCGCAUCGUGCAGAACUGCGGCACGGAGAAGGAGAAGAAUUACGCCAAGCGCAUCGAGCCCGUGCGCAGGCAGGGCAACUACCUGCUGUGCUCGCUGCUGCUGGGCAACGUGCUGGUCAACACCACGCUCACCAUCCUGCUCGACGACAUAGCUGGCUCAGGCCUCGUGGCGGUGGUGGUCUCCACCAUCGGCAUCGUCAUCUUCGGGGAGAUCGUGCCCCAGGCCAUCUGCUCCCGGCACGGCCUGGCUGUGGGGGCCAACACCAUCUUCCUCACCAAGUUUUUCAUGAUGAUGACCUUCCCCGCCUCUUACCCCGUAAGCAAGCUGCUGGACUGCGUCCUGGGCCAGGAGAUAGGCACCGUCUAUAACCGGGAAAAACUGCUGGAGAUGCUCCGGGUCACAGACCCCUACAACGACCUCGUAAAGGAGGAGCUGAACAUCAUCCAAGGGGCGCUGGAGCUCCGCACGAAGACCGUGGAGGACGUGAUGACUCCCCUCCGGGACUGUUUCAUGAUCACCGGCGAAGCCAUUCUGGACUUCAACACCAUGUCGGAGAUCAUGGAGAGCGGCUACACUCGGAUUCCAGUAUUUGAGGGGGAGCGCUCCAACAUCGUGGACCUCCUCUUUGUCAAAGACUUGGCCUUCGUGGAUCCAGAUGACUGUACUCCCCUGAAAACCAUCACUAAAUUUUAUAACCACCCCUUGCACUUUGUUUUCAAUGACACCAAGUUGGACGCUAUGCUGGAAGAAUUCAAGAAAGGUAAAUCUCACCUGGCUAUUGUGCAGCGAGUAAACAAUGAGGGAGAGGGGGAUCCAUUUUAUGAAGUUCUGGGAAUUGUCACAUUAGAGGAUGUGAUUGAAGAAAUCAUCAAAUCUGAGAUUCUAGAUGAAACAGAUUUAUACACUGAUAACAGAACGAAAAAGAAAGUGGCCCAUCGAGAAAGAAAGCAAGAUUUUUCUGCCUUUAAGCAGACAGACAGCGAGAUGAAGGUUAAAAUAUCACCACAGCUUCUCCUGGCCAUGCACCGUUUCCUAGCAACAGAAGUAGAAGCAUUUAGCCCAUCCCAGAUGUCAGAGAAGAUCCUUCUAAGGCUGCUAAAGCACCCCAAUGUCAUCCAGGAGCUGAAGUAUGAUGAGAAGAACAAGAAAGCCCCAGAAUACUACCUCUACCAGCGAAACAAACCUGUAGACUACUUCGUUCUCAUUUUGCAGGGGAAAGUGGAAGUAGAAGCUGGGAAAGAAGGUAUGAAGUUUGAAGCCAGUGCUUUUUCAUACUAUGGUGUAAUGGCCCUUACAGCCUCCCCAGUUCCUUUGUCCCUGUCUCGUACCUUUGUUGUCAGCAGAACAGAGUUGUUAGCAGCAGGUUCUCCAGGUGAAAACAAGUCACCUCCUCGCCCAUGCGGCUUGAAUCACUCGGACUCUCUCAGUCGCAGUGACCGGAUCGAUGCGAUAACGCCGACGUUGGGGAGCAGCAACAAUCAGCUCAGCUCUUCGUUCCUCCAAGUCUACAUCCCGGACUACUCGGUGCGAGCCCUCUCCGAUCUCCAGUUUGUUAAGAUCUCAAGACAGCAAUACCAAAAUGCCUUGAUGGCAUCCCGGAUGGACAAAACUCCUCAGUCUUCAGACAGUGAAAACACUAAAAUUGAAUUGACUCUUACGGAGCUGCACGACGGGUUGCCAGACGAGACGGCCAACCUGCUCAAUGAACAGAACUGUGUGACGCACAGCAAGGCCAACCACAGCCUGCACAGCGAAGGCGCCAUCUAGAGCACCGGCCUCGGCCUCCGCGUCUGACCGUGAAUCCCAUUAGUGUGCGCUUGUGUGCCAUGCUGCAUCCUGCACCAUCCUGAGACCAAAGACUUUGUCCCCUUCCUGGAAGCAGCAGAGGAGGCCGGGGAGGGCAGGAAUGGAAACUGGAGACGUGAAAUCGACAGCCAGGGCGUGGCAUUCGAGAUUAUGGAGAUGAAUUUCUUCCGCCCAAAUAGAAUCAUGUUUAUUUUUUCAGCUGUACCUUUUAUCAUUAUCCACUCUCCUCCUCCCUCGAUUUGCAUGAAGUUGAAAAUUGUUGCGAUUUAUUUUUUUCCGAGAGAUCAUGUUUUUAAAAAGUGUCUUUUGCAGAGUUUUAAAUUGUUCUGUCUGAACUCUGCUGUGACCCCAUGAUGUAACCUUAGAAGGAUGGACUUGUCCCUCCAGUGGCCUUCCUUGGCCCCCGCCCCAGGGAGGGGCACCGUUCCUCUGUGCCCCAGUGGGUGUCGCUGUCGAACUUCAAGGAUGAAUGACACAGACCUGCCCAGGCUGUUGGCCCUGAAGGGUAGAGCCUGCACAGGGACCUGCAGCCUCUCUGAGCUCAGUGUUGUUUUAAGUUAAUGUUUAACGGUGUCCCUUUCCCUCAGAAAGGUUUAACGUUUGCUUGGAAUGUGAUUUUGCUCCCACUCUAAGGAAUUUUUAUCACCAAAAUGAAUGUUAAUGGAUUUUAAACCUAUGGUUUAUCUUUGCAAGAGGCGAGGUGGCUUCACCCCAACAUUCCCACAGCCUGGGGCCUCCAGCUCAGCCAGGCCUCUUCCGCCCCAGCUUACAGAGCGCCGUCACCCACUGCCCCGUCCUUGCUCUUGUUAACCCACGAUGCUGCUACACAGAUGCCAAAUGGAAAUCUUCCACAGGGCCCUCGAGUAAACUCGUGGUGUGGAGUCCAUGCUCCUGCCCUUCCCGCUGGGAUGUAUGUCAUUGUCAGAAAAGGAGUCGGACCUUCCAGCUGUGCUCUGUGCACCCUGCCGAGAAGGCACGUCUAGGCCCAUGUGUCUAAAGGAGGGAACACUGGGGACUGCCGGCACCUGCCCCCUUCCCCUGUCCCUGGGCCCGCGGGGCCCAGCAGUGGCUGUGUCCCCGCCUGAGGACCUCUGUGUCUCCCACCUCAGACGUGGUCCACGCCAGAGAGGCUGCCCAUACAGCCAGGGUCAGUUUGGCCCCAAACAGGGAUUCAGAAACCAAAUGUGUGUUGUGGCCAUUUCAUGUGUGUCUCUGUCUUAUUUUACUAUCAAAUUCAUCACGUGUAGUGAAAUUAAUGUCAGGAGGUAUUUCUUGAGUGACUGAAUUCCUAACUCUUUUAUCUGUGUUUUAAGUGUUAACCCAAGGGAUAUGUGCAUUUUGUCGGCAACAUUCGUACACUGAAAUGACUUCCUACUGA